AUUAAUCCUCCCCCAGUAAUGUGCUACUGAAAAACCUAACUUCUCACCUACCCCCUCUUUCUUAUAUUAAUUUGCCUUUAUUUAUAUGUACCCUUUCUGAUAAUCAUUCCCCACCUCCUCCACUUUGUUAUAGGUCAGAGGUUACUCAGUUCUUGUAGCUAGCAAAGCAAUAUGAAUGACGUUACGUGCCAGUCUUUGUUUUUCAUCAGUCUGCCUGAGCUGCGAAAACUCUGUGCCGUGAAGGUUACACUGAAUUCUCAGCUGGCAGCAACAGAAAUUAGAACAGCACAAAGGAAGAUGUGCAGGCAACUCUUGCAUCUGCAUCAAGAUGUGCUUUCUUCACCUGUUCCUGGAACAUUGAAUCAAAUUUCCGUGGUUAUGACGAUACUCUUCUAUAAGUCAGGAAAAUUUCAAGCUUAUAUAGAGAAAAACAGAUCUAUAAUGGCAAUCCCAGAGAGAGUUGUCCCAGCUGUCUUUCAAACCUGCCUGUCCUAUACACUUAUAGCCAAACUUGCUCCUAAUUGGAACCAAGCUGGUCAUCUCUUGAUACAAGGGAAAGAUUUUCUGUCACAAAGGGGAAAGCAAAAUGCAGUUGUUAUGGACAUCAAUGUAUCAGAGACUCAGCUCUGCAUUAGUGUUGAAGUUUUCACAGUACGUCUGCCACCACCUGAGCUUGAAGAAUUUAAUAUUUCAGCAAACAUCUUAAAGAGAUUUGACAGUGAUGAUAAUGCUAUCAUUCAAAAAUACUCUAUUUUAAGUAACUGGUGCUAUGUUUUGCCAAGCAUGAAAAUGGGUCAGAUCAUAAGCAUUAGCCACAUAAUUCCACCCGAUUCUCCAUUCCAGUCAUAUAGUGAUUUGCAGCUGCACUGGAAAAAUCUGUAUGGCUAUAUUCUGCCGGAGGAUCCUGGGAUUUAUUGCAACGUUUACUUCAAACUGAUAGGGGAGCAACUCUUCACAUAUCCUUUCAGUUGCAUCCGAAGUCAGCCAGUGCAGUACUUUCCUAGAGUAGAUUUAGAAGGUGUUCUAAGUGCUUUUGUUGCUGAUCUGAAGACUGUCAUUCCACACAUUUGUGGGCUUCCUCUUAAAAUGAUAAGUAAAGCAUUAUAUGCCACCAAAGAUCUUACCCAAUCAUCUGUACAGAAAGUUAGCUCCAAACCAGCCAAUCUCACUGGAAAAAGGAACUGCAAGAUACCAAAGACAAACAAGUCAUCCCAUUGCAAAGAUACAAACUCAAUUCAGAUUUUGUCAAAAAUGGAAACACACUUGACAUCUGCAUCAAACAGAAGUGGAAAAAGACAGCAGUUAAAGGAAAAACAAGUGAGUUACUCAAAGCCAAAGAAACGAAGAACCAGUAAGCUAUCAAACUAGAAUAAGUAUUUAGAGAUGAAAGAAAGAAAAAACUGGUAUCUGUGAAAGCAAGGUUAUGUGAUUGUAUAAAAAAAUCAAAUUGCAAAAGACUUUGUUCAGAAGAUGUGGAAUAGUCAACCUAGUUGAUUUUUACCUGUUUUAAAACUGCUCCAUUAAUAAGGUUUGUUUCAUCUGAAAAAGUGGUUUU